AUCAGAUACAGGAGAGGCUGCAUCACUGGACUCUAUUUAACAACUCGUCUCUUCUGGACUCUCCUGGUGCUUCUCUGGGAUUUACUGUUUUUUGGGGGGACUGUACUGGACUUUUUUUUUUUUUAGGGGUUUCCAAUGAAGUGCUUUGGUCUCUUUUUAUAUUUGAUCUGGUGGAAGCAGUUUUGCUGAUGGAGUUUGCACUGUAGGGGUUUUUGUUUCAGGGUUUGAGCUAAAUUAAGAUAAAUUAAGGUAAAUUAAGGCAAAUUAAGGUAAUCCAAUGUCAGUUUUGGAGUUAUCUGCCUCAGAUUAUUUUGAGUAAAAGCUUAAUUAGGAUAGAUUAUUUAUUCAAGGGUCUAGAAGAAGUAUUUUUGGGAAAGUCUGGGUGAAUCUGGAAGUAGUUAUAGUUUAGGGGGUUAUUUAUUGUGACAGAAAGGUCGGCGUGCUCGUUUAAUGCUGGCCUGGUUUUGACCUGAUGUCUCGGAGGAUGCAAAAGAGCGCCAGCAGCAGCAGCAGCAGCAGCAGCAUGGGUCUCCUGGUCGUCCUGUGGCUGCUGGUGGUCUGUCUGGCCCCUGGGAGCCGGGGCCAGAGGCCGAGGGAGCCGGAGGACCAGCAGCAGCAGCCGGACGCCAGGACCCAGCUGGCGGAGAGAGACGCACUCUGCCACCAGGACGGAUGCUACGCCGUCUUCCUGCAGAAGAGGAGCUUCAGGGAGGCGGGGCGGAGCUGCCGGGAGCGAGGCGGCACCCUGGCCACCAUGCACACCCACGAGGCGGCGGGCGUGGUCCACGAGCUGCUGUCCGCCAUCGAGGGGACCCGGGCCAGGAUCCGGCUCUGGAUCGGGCUGCACAGACCGCCACGCCAGUGUUCGUCCACCCGGCCGCUCCGAGGAUUCGUCUGGGUCACAGGAGACCAGGACGGCCAGUUCACCAACUGGCUCCGUGAGGACAGCCCGGGGACGUGUGCGGCGCCGCGCUGCGUGGCGAUGACCGUGCACACGUCGGAGAGCGGCCGCGAGAGCAGCGACAACUUCCGUUGGCAGGACGGUUCCUGCGCGCUGCUGGUGGACGGAUACGUCUGCCAGUACAACUACAAAGGGAUGUGUCCACCGCUGGAGGACGAGGGCAGCGGCGCGGCGGUCUACACCACGCCGUUCCACCUCGUCAGCACGCUGCUCACCCACGUGCCCUACGGGUCCGUGGCGACUCUGCCGUGCCCCGCGGACGGCUCGGACCCGGAGGCUGCCGCGGAGCAGACGGUGCUGUGCAUGGAGAGGGACGACGGCACGGUGGGCUGGUCCAGGGACGCGCCGCUCUGCUCGUCCGGCGCUGCGCCUCAGAACCAGGACUGGUGCAGCGGCGACCACGGCUGCGAGCAGUUCUGUCAGAACACAGACACAGACUACUACUGUUACUGCUCCGAAGGCUUCACGAUAGACGAGGACGGCUACGGCUGCAAGCCCGACCCCCUGAGCCAAACCGACGCCCCCGAACUAUCCGCCGACUCCGCCGGCCCCACCAGGCAGCCCCACAUGAAGGAGGUCUGUGUGGAGAUGGGCUGCGAGUACGACUGCAUGGAAACAUCACGGGGCACUCGCUGCACCUGCCCCCCCGGCUACCAGAUGGGUCGGGACGGCCGUGGGUGUUCCGACGUGGACGAGUGUCAGCAGCAGCCAUGCCAACAAGCCUGCGUCAACAUCCCGGGCACCUUCCACUGCACCUGCCACCACGGCUACCAGCAGGACGACGAGGGCGAGUGCGUGGACAUCGACGAGUGCCUUGAAGACGGAAGCUGUGAAGGCGCCUGCGAGAACACGGUGGGGUCCUUCAGGUGCGUGUGCGACACCGGGUACGAGAUGGACAGCACGGGGAAGUGCGUGGACGUGGACGAGUGCAUCGAAGACGCCAGUUGUGAAGGCGGCUGCGAGAACACGGUGGGGUCCUUCAGGUGCGUGUGCGACCCCGGGUACGAGUCGGGCAGCGCAGGGGAGUGCGUGGACGUGGACGAGUGCAUCGGCGAGUCACCCUGUGAGCAGCAGUGCCUCAACUACAUGGGAGGGUACCAGUGUUACUGCGACAACGGCUACGACCUGCAGCCGAACGGGCUCGGCUGCCAGCCGUCGCCGGACGACGAGGAGUACUCCACGCUGACCCCGUACCCCAGCGACUCCACCCUCCUGGACAUUGACCAGGACGCUGCCUGGUACACGUCCUUCACGCCGGACCCAAACUUUGAGGCGGACACUAACUUUGACGUCGACUGGCUGACGGACGCCCCCGACGUGCUCUCCCCCGACAUGGCUCACGGCUCGGACAACCACCUGAACCAAUGGGACGCCCCGCAGCGACACCACACGGCCCCGCCCCCGACGCAGAUUCACAACACGGGCAAUGAAAUCGAAACGAAAGGCAGAGAAGCAAGUGGUGCGGUGGGAGCUGAGACAAACGGACAAACUAGGGAGGCGGAGGGGUCGGACGUGGACGGUACAGAUGACGGUGGCGCGGCGGCGGCGGAUGUAGGGGCGGGAUCUAAACGUAAACAUGACAAGAGCUGGCUGCUGGUGGCGCUGCUGGUGCCUCUGUGCGUGUUCCUGGUGGUGAUGCUGGCGCUGGGGAUCGUCUACUGCACCAGCUGUGCGGUGGACAAGAGCCUGAGCUUCUCAAACUGCUAUCGCUGGAUACUCCCCACGACGCCUCCCGACCGGAGGGACGGCAAAACCCAAGCAUGAACCCUGAAGCACACGCGCAGAUGUGUUUACGGCCCAGAUGUCUGUUAACAUUUGUCCCGCGGUGCAGAGCUGCAGCAGCUGCAGCAGCUCGCCCAUUCAUCAAAGAAAACGUAAUACUUUCUGUCGCAAAACCCCUUGUAAAUAUUUCACUUUCUCAUCUGUUUUUAGAACUCAAUAAAACCAAUAAAGUGAUGAAAUACUGUGUGGUUUGUACACGUUUCUAGGUUAUAUAACCUGUGGUGGAAUGUACAUUUACUCAAGUACUGUUCAUAAAAUAGAUAAAUAAAUCCAUCAAUUUUGAGCUAC